AUGCCCAGAGGCUAUCCCCGUAACGCUGGGCUGCCUCGUACAAAGAAACGCAAGCAUGGUGACCAGAAUCCGCAGAAUGUACAGCCAACAGAUAACGCAAACAACACCCAGAAUCCACCCUGGCCGCCUGUCCCGCCGGUCUCUGAUCUCGCACCGGCCCCAGACUCGCACAUACAAGUACCAAAGCAAUAUGCAUGGCCGACUUCAUAUACUGCCGCCGCUCCAUAUGCCGGCCCUCAGCAAUAUGCAGUAGCUGAGCUGCCUUCUCCGCCUCCAACAGACGAAACAAGUCCAACAUCCGCAAGCGAGCAUUUCCAGGGCAGAGUAGACGCCCAUUCAACUGCUACUGUCGAGGAAACAGCGGUUGCUGUUCACGCCGCUCCCGAGGACUCUUCUGGGCAGCCUUUGGGUGAUCAAGCUGGCCAUGUCGCUCAGCAGAUACCAGCGCAACAGCCGCAACAGCCACAACAACCACAGCAACUUACUCCAUAUCGAAGACCUUUGCAACAUGUCAUGCUCCAUGCUUCCACGAUAGUAAGAGGGCGGGCUUCCGGAAACGAGCCAAUGGCCCCUGAAGAGAAGGCACGAUACAGCCUGCUAUACGGGGCCUGUGUGAAUGCAGACUUGUUUUUUCUCAUAAUUCAUCGGUACUACAGUUGCUGGCUGGUAGAUAAGUCGACCGUAUAUGGCGAUUUACACCUUUCUGCCCACGACGUUGAUAGGGCCUUUGUCCAGAUGAGAGUGAUGUUUAAAGAUGAAGAGCGGAUUUCGCCUCCUCAUCGGCUGUGGUUUUCAGGAUUCCCCGAGUUGGACGAGAACGUUCACUGCGUCCCUCAGGUGCUGAGCCAGAUCCAAGACUUUAUCCUCGCGUUUUCUGCCCAAUGGCCAGAGAUGAUCAAGGCCGCCCAGGCCCGAAUGAUGCCGCUGAUGGAAAGCCAAAUCCGCGAGCAGCUUAAAUGCCCGUCGUUGACCAUGGCCAACAAGCUCUUCGUCCACAGCCGCAGAAUCAUUGGAGUGCCAGAUAAUCAAUUCACAAACGAGGCUACUCUUCUUUUCAACCUGGACCAGAAGCUAGAACGCUUUUCCAAGUUCAAGCACGUGGCCAGGCUCAACCUCACCUUCAAACGCAUCCUCGAGCUCGAGCGCGACACACUCGAGCGCACAAUCCUCAGACAAAUGUUCCAGUCACUUCGCAGCAAAACUUUCAACAGGUUCCUCAGCACCUUUCCCAGCAGCAAGUCUACCUCCAGCAGCAAGCCUUUCUUCAGCAGCAAGCCCAGCUCCAGCAAGCUCUUCAUCACCCGCAAACUCUUCCUCAUCAGCAAGCUCUUGCUCAUCAACAAGUCCCUCAUCAACAAGUCCCUCAUCGACGAGUCCCUCAUCACCAGCAAGUUCUUCGUACCUAUCAAGAGGCCCUUCAUCAUCAACAGGCCCAUAAUCAUCAGCAAAUCCCUUCUCAUCAGCAAGUCCUUUCUCAUCAACAAGUUCCCUCUCAUCAGCAAAUCCCUCAGCAAAUCUCUCCGCAAGUCCCUGUGCUUCAAUCUACUCCUGAAUCAGCCUCAGGCCAGCCCAGUUUGUCCAGGCCAAGUCCCCAAAGCCAAUCUUCAUCAUCAGGCUUUGCUUUCUCCGGCAAAUCUGCCUCUUUGCGCUGAGCCACAGCGAAUGAUGCCGCAACAACAGCCAGGUCCACGGCAAUUACAGCAGCCGGAUGAUGCUCGAGAUACACCACCGCAUCUCCAAUAUUCCACACAACCGGCUUUACUCCAAUCGCAAACAACUCCGCAGACUCCUUCAGUCCAAACAGAAAGAAUUUCACAGCAAGAGAAUAUGCACCUGCUAGUAUCGCAGCCCAGCGAUUCAACUCAUCUAUGCCCUCAGCCAUAUCCGCAAAAUAUGCAGCCAGAGCAAGCUCUGCAAGCUCCUUCUCCCGCUCUUCAGAGUCCUCAAAGCUCCCAUGAUUCUCGAGGCAUUCAAGUGUCACCAGAUCCUCAGAUAGAUCGGGGAUCCCAACCUAGAACGAUCUCCCAGGCGCCUCAGGAAUCUCAGGCUGCCAUUGUCCACUUGACGGCUCAGAGACCUCAGGCCGGCCCAACUCCCCAGGGCCUCGGUAUUCAUCAGUCUCCUGUGCAAAUAUCGCCAGCAUCCCAAUCUCAUCAAACACAAUUGCAACAGCAGCCUGCGUCCCAGGCGUCUCGUACUCCUACACCCAAUCGAUUUCGCCGACACUUUACGGUUCACCAAACCCCUCCCACGGAAUAUCCCACUAGUCCAUAUAAUUGGACAUCCUUGCAAACGGGCCUCCAUCUGACUCAUGUGCGUAGCCCUCGAAGGGUUUCCUCUAGCCCGGGCCCAAGCCCAGGGAAGAACCGUUACUACCAAUUCCUCUCUAGAUUCGUGGUGGAACCAACAGAGAUGAAGAUACAUAUGGGAGUCAGUGGAUUGGAGUUUUUUAUCGAGCAAGAAGACCUGGCUCGACGCCCUAUUACCAGCCAACCAUCUGAGUUGCCUGUGGGCGAGUUACCGAUGGAAGUGCCUGUGAGCCGAUACUUCAACCACUCUCAACGAUACCGUCUCCGCAUGUGUGGGCGCAAUAAGCUGAGUGAUAAUGAAGAACGGGCUUUUGACACUGCAAAAUGGGCUACAAGCCGUACCUACUGGCCGUCACACAUUACUAUAUCACUCAAUGGCGAAAUCAUUUCUCCUCUUCUCAAGCAGCAUUUUCAUAAGGACCUACCCAUAGAGCUGACCGAUGCUUUGGUUAAAGGGGUGAAUACAAUAAGAGUGCACAUGCCGAGUUUUCCUCAAAAUAUUAAAGAAAACAUUGCCUAUUUUAUGGCUGUAGAGCUCAUUGUCACUCUAGAUCAUGACUCUACUCGCGCUUUGGUGACUUCUGCGCCUCAUAUUAGCGUUGAUCAGACAAAGGCCGAGAUCAAGAGGCGACUACAGCUAGAUAUAGAUGAAGUCAUCAUAAGCAGCGACACUUUGACAGUUUCAGUCGCAGACUCUUUUAGUUCUAAAAUUUUCGACGUCCCGGUCCGAGGCCGCAAUUGUCGGCAUCUUGAGUGUAUCGACUUGGAAAACUGGCUAAAUUCACGCCCAUGCAAAUCGUCCCCAGAAGCGGGCGAGCCAACAAUGGCCGAUACUUGGGGAUGCCCGAUAUGUGGCCAAGAUGCUCGGCCCAGCAACCUCCAAAUAGACGACUAUUUCGUUCAAAUAAGGGACAAGCUUUUAGAGGAGCGCAUGGGCAAAGUUAAGAAGAUUCAGAUCGCUGUUGAUGGCACCUGGAAAGCCAUAGGAGUGGCAGAUGAACACACGACGUCAGAUAAGGACGGCGUCAAUUAA